UCAGAGUUUCUCAGUGUGUACGUGGAAUUCAGGUAUUUGUUUUUAUAUCUCAAGAAAAUACAUAACUUUGUUUUAAAUAUAGUGAAAAAUCGCAGUUUUUACUUUAAUUUUCUGCAUCCUUUGAGGUUUUUGUUCGAAGUGUUCUGCCGAAGAAAAAAAAAGACAAUAAUUAUUUUUUUCGAAAGUCUCAGCCAAUUGGCUGAUUACUUGGUCACUAUGCGUGCUUUCGGGUUAUCCAUCGUGAGUCUAGUUCUAACGAGCUUAGUAAUUGGAAAUGCAUAUUACCAGAAAAAACAAUUCUACCCGUGUGUAGUUUACAUCACAAAAUCUAACGCUAGUAUGGCGGUCAUAUAUAUACAAUCCUUAGUUAUGGUGUUGAUGCUUGGAAAGCUCAUGAAGAAGGUUUUUCUCGGAACUUUGCGAGCAGCUGAAUUCGAGCAUUUGAUGGAACGGUUUUGGUAUGCUUUAACCGAAACAUGCUUGGCUUUCACCGUAUUUCGAGAUGAUUUCAAUCCAAAAUUCGUAGCGCUGUUUACGGUGCUACUAUUUCUCAAAUCGUUCCACUGGCUCGCCGAAGAUCGUGUGGACUAUAUGGAGAGAAGUCCUGUGAUUGGAUGGCUUUUUCACAUAAGAGUUGCCGGUUUACUGGUCUGUUUAGGAGUUUUGGAUUAUCAGUUGAUUUCAUAUGCAUACCAGUCUACGAUUACGAAAGGAGCAACGGUACAACUUGUCUUCGGAUUUGAGUACGCAAUUCUCAUGACGAUGGUGCUCAAUACUGCAAUUAAGUAUAUGUUCCAUGCUGCUGAAUUGCGUUCCGAUUCUCCUUGGGAAAAUAAAGCUGUAUUUUUAUUGUACACCGAACUCAUAAUAGGAUUUAUUAGAGUUGUUCUCUAUGUUAUUUUUGUGGUUUUGAUGGUAAAGAUUUAUACUUUACCAUUAUUUGCCUUCCGUCCUAUGUAUUAUACAAUGAGGAACUUUAAGAAAGCUCUGAAUGAUGUUAUUCUAUCUCGACGAGCUAUACGCAAUAUGAACACAUUGUAUCCAGAUGCAACGCAGGAAGAAUUACAGCUAUCGGAUAACAUUUGUAUCAUAUGUCGUGAGGACAUGAUUAGUAGCUCCAAAAAGUUACCUUGCGGUCACAUCUUCCAUACAGCAUGUUUAAGAUCGUGGUUUCAAAGACAGCAGACUUGCCCAACUUGUCGUUUAAACAUCUUGAGAACACCUAUAACAACACCUGACCAAACACCAGUACAGGCAGUUGAUACCCCAUCAGUCCCCAGUGCAGCGAAUACGAGCGAAACUAGAUCUACUUUAAAUAAUGCAGUACCAGGACAAUCAAACGUUCCGGUACCUGCUGGACCACAUGUAAUGUUUCCCUCGUUACCAAUUUUUGGGAUUCCACCAUAUGCAAUGCAAAUACCCCAGGCUCCUCCAGCCUUGGAUACACUAUCGGAAGAAGAGCUGAGAGUAAUGGAAGGCAACGAGCGCCGACAUAUUGAAGAACGGAUCAAACAUCUGCAAAACAUUCGCACCCUGCUAGACGCAUCAGCAGUUCUGAUGAAUCAGUAUACUGUACUUGUAAAUUCAUUACCACCAGUUUCAGUGACUAACGUUCAAAAUUCCUCGGAAUCCUUAACAAACCGACCGAAUUCAGUUCCAUCAUCAAACGAAAAUUCCACGUUCUCCGCAGAAUUGGCAGAAAAUCAAGCUGAACAAAAUAUUAUAAAUGUACCUAAAAACUUGAAUCAGCCUCAGUUAGAAGAUCUCGGAAGUGACGAUGAUUCUUUAUCAAACGUGAAAAAAGAACCUUUACCUUCAAACAGUAAAGCAUUUAUAAUAACACCAGACCAACAGUUAGACAUGAUGGAUUCGCCCAGUUCUUCGAGUAAUCAAAACAAUUCCAGAAGUUCAGCGGAGGACAACGAAAAGAACGAACUUCGGCGAAGAAGAUUGGAAAGAUUUGGAUCGGGUAAUGCUGGGUCCAAUUAGGUAAACUUGAAAUGAAUACGGAUUGUCUUGGGCGUUUCGAAUGGUGGUCCAUGUUUAGCGUUUCAUGUUAAAUAUCACAAGAACCAGAGGUCACUGUUCGUCAUAAAUAAAUACAAAAAUAUUGACAA